UUCAAAAUUUUGGUGCUUGGAGAAUAACUUAUUUCUAAGGGAUCUCUCCAAGCUCCUAACAAAUCUCCAAGAUUUCCUAUUGUUUUUUAUUGUAGGAAUCUUGAAUUUAUAUCUUUAGAAAACCCUUAAAUUACACAAAUUUAUUCCAUUACAUUUAAGCUUAAAUUUCUACAUGCUUGCAAUUUAUUACUAAAAUUUCUCCUUGCUUGCUAUUUGUUAUCUCAUCAUAUAUAAAUUACUUGCGGGAGAAGAAAACAAAAAAAGUGUAAGCAUGUUAAAGUUCUUUCGAAGUUCAUCAGUAGUCCCACUAGAAGGAUUUGAAAUGGAUUCUAAACAAUGGCGUGAAGUUCCUCUUCCUCCUAAAAAAGAAUUUGAUGUCUUUUAUUCUAAUAUUGUUCUUGAAUCUAAGGGAUCAUGGUUGCAUAGUAGCUACCACCUAACAACAUCAAUAGUUGCACCUCCAUUGUUGAGUAUUCCAUAUGCAUUUUCCUUUCUAGGCUGGGGUGGUGGUCUCUUGUGCCUUUCAGCAGGAGCAUUGGUCACCUUUUACUCAUACACGCUCUUGUCGUUGGUCCUCGAACACCAUGCUCAAUUAGGCCGUCGUCAACUUCAUUUUCGGGCUAUGGCUCAUGAUAUUCUAGGCCCAAGCUGGGGAAAGUAUUUUGUGGGUCCAAUCCAACUCGCAGUGUGCUAUGGUUCAGUUGUUGCUGCUUGUCUUCUGGGUGGGCAAUGUAUCAAGGCUAUCUACCUAUUAACAAAUCCAGAUGGAGAGAUGAAGCUCAGAUAUUUUGUUAUAGUAUUUGGCGGACUAAUGCUAAUUUUAGCUCAAAUGCCGUCAUUUCACUCAUUAAGGCAUAUCAAUUUAACUUCACUCAUCUUGUGCCUUGCAUAUAGUGCUUGUACUACUGCUGCUUCCAUCUACGUAGGGAUAAAUAAUAAUGCAUCCGAAGAAUCAAAAACAGAUUACUCAGUAGUUGGAAAGACGAAGGAUCGCAUAUAUGGUGUUUUUAGUGCUAUUGCAAUCAUCGCAACAACUUUUGGAAAUGGAAUGAUUCCUGAAAUUCAGGCAACAAUAGUACCGCCGGUGAAGGAGAAGAUGUUCAAAGGACUAAUUCUUUGUUACACCAUAGUAUUAGCAACCAUAUUCAGUGUAGCCGUGUCCGGUUAUUGGGCAUUUGGGAACAAAUCUCACGGUCAAAUUUUGAGCAACUUUGUCGUGAAUGGUAACCCUUUGUUACCUAGGUGGUUUGUUAUCAUGACUAUUACCUUUGUAACCUUUCAACUAGCCGCUUUUGGUGUGGUAUACAUGCAACCCACAAAUGAAGUGCUAGAGAACCUAUUAAGUGAUCCAAAAAGCCACCCGUUUUCUCAACGGAAUGUGAUCCCUAGGGUUUUAUCAAGGUUCAUAUUCGUCGCCUCAGCAACCUUUCUAGCAGCAGUAUUACCAUUUUUUGGAGAUAUAAUGGGAAUCAUCGGAGCUUUCGGGUUUCUUCCACUCGACUUUGCUUUGCCUGUUAUAUUCUAUAACAUCACAUUUAGGCCUUCAAUGCGUUCCUUCAUCUUUUGGGCAAACUUAGUCGUAAUGGGUCUUUUCUUCGUGUUGGUUGUGGUUGGAUACGCGGCUGCUAUUAGGGAAAUCGUUCUUGAUGCAAAUUUUUUUAGAUUAUUUCCACAUUUGUGACCGAAUUUGGCCUUAUUAUUUAACAGCAAUAGAUGACCAAUUAGAUUACAAAGUACAUGUUUAUAAUUAAGACUUUAACUAUUGGCUUUUUCUCAUGUGAUACAUUGUUAGAAUGUAAGGACGAUAAUCUUUUGAGUUCCCUGAUUUUAAAUUAUAUAUAUAGAA